AUUAAAAAAAUUGGACGAAACUGAACCGAUAAAUACACCUCUACCGCUUCCACAUUCGAUCUCUCUCUGGACACCGCUUCCGAAGGUCGUGGUUCUUCUCUAUUUCCUGUGUUCCUCCUCCUACGAUGGCGAUCCCUACGCAACUGGGUCGCUUCGCCUCCAAUCUCUUCAUCCCAGGGAGCAAUCCCGCCGGAAUCCGGCCUCGAUCCGGCGGAAGGGUUCCGGUCUCUAUCCGCUGCGGCGGAGGCGGCGGGGAGAACACCGCCGCCUUGGAGCCUGGCUUCGACAAGAAGGCCUUCCGCCACAACCUCACCCGCAGCGAGAAUUAUAACCGCCGGGGUUUCGGCCACAAGAAGGAGACCGUCGAGCUCAUGAACCGCGAGUACACCAGCGAUAUCAUCAAGACGCUUAAGGAGAACAACAACGAGUACACGUGGGGCGAGGUGACGGUGAAGCUGGCGGAGGCCUAUGGGUUCUGCUGGGGAGUGGAACGGGCGGUGCAGAUUGCGUACGAGGCCAGGAAGCAGUUCCCGGAAGAGAAGAUCUGGGUUACUAACGAGAUCAUCCACAAUCCCACGGUCAAUAAGAGGCUGGAAGAGAUGGAAGUCCAGAACAUACCUGUCAUGAGUGGGAAGAAGAAUUUUGAUGUUGUUGAUCAGGGCGAUGUCGUGAUUUUGCCUGCAUUUGGAGCUGCUGUGGAUGAGAUGUAUACCUUGAGUCAGAAGAAAGUACAGAUUGUUGAUACAACUUGUCCAUGGGUGUCAAAGGUCUGGAAUACUGUUGAGAAGCACAAGAAGGGGGAUUAUACUUCAAUUAUUCAUGGUAAAUAUUCUCAUGAAGAGACUAUUGCCACUGCUUCUUUUGCGGCGAAGUAUGUUAUUGUGAAGAACAUGACUGAGGCAACAUAUGUAUGUGAUUACAUUCUUGGUGGUGAACUUGAUGGGUCUAGCUCAACAAAAGAGGAUUUCCUCCUGAAAUUCAAAUAUGCUCUUUCUCCGGGAUUUGAUCCUGAUGUCGAUUUAGUGAAAGUAGGCAUUGCAAACCAAACUACAAUGCUUAAAGGCGAAACUGAAGAGAUUGGCAAAUUGUUUGAGAGGACUAUGAUGCAUAAAUAUGGAGUAGAAAAUAUUAAUGAGCACUUUAUCAGCUUCAAUACAAUUUGUGAUGCCACUCAGGAGAGACAAGAUGCAAUGUACAAGCUGGUCAAUGAGAAACUUGAUCUUUUGCUGGUAGUUGGUGGAUGGAAUUCCAGUAACACCUCACAUCUACAAGAGAUUGGUGAACUCCGAGGAAUUCCAUCUUAUUGGAUUGACAGUGAACAGAGAAUUGGACCAGGAAACAGAAUAAGUUACAAGCUCAAUCAUGGGGAGCUUGUUGAGAAAGAAAACUGGCUACCUCCAGGUCCUGUCACAAUUGGUGUAACCUCGGGUGCAUCAACCCCAGAUAAGGUUGUGGAGGAAGUUCUAAUCAAGGUGUUUGACAUCAAACGACAAGAAAGCUUGCAGUUGGCAUAGUUUGAGGCAGGAGUUGGAGCUUUGCAGGAUAUGGGGAGCUAGCGAAAUCUUAUGGGCGCCACUUGUCUUGCACCCAAGAUGUAAUAUAUGCAGCGUUCAACUCUUACUCUGUGCUGAAUAUGUACUUAGCCUAUAUCUCAAUGUAAGCUGCAAACGAAAGUAUCGUUGGAAACUAAUCAACUUGCCCAAAUAAUUGCUAUAUUAUUUAAUUGAUUUUAAGA